GGCUUAGCAGUGUGCAGCCUGUGCAGCCUGGCUUGUUUUUGCUGUUAUGCGGCACAGCUGGCGUGUUUUUGCGCUUCGCGUGCUGGUAAGGCGUGCGCAGCGAUGCACUAAUCUGUGUAAUUGUAGCGUAACUCGGUGCGCGGCGCUGAUAAUCGGGCGAUGAUGGCCUCUUGUUUUGGUUUUUGGUGUUGCUGAUUGAUUCGUCCAUACGUGCAACGACGCCUCUCGCGUAGGUCGUGGAGCACGCCUGCAGCCGUCUUGGGUCGAUCUGUUUUGGGGCAGCGCUAGGCUCGUCGGGCGGCCAGCGGUCGCGAGGUAGCUGCCCACCGAGCGACUCGAAGCGCGCACGCGUGACGCAGCAAUUCGUACGCCGGCCACGCGUCGCGGCAUAGCAGCUAGACUCAUCACAGACACACACAGCCACAAGCCGACGGACGCGCACCAUGGGCUGGUUCUCCGGCCAGUCGAAAGCCGCCAAGGAGCUCGAACGCAAGCGCCAGCAGGAAAAGGACGAGGAGAACGCGAAGCGGGCCGACGACGUGUGUGAGGAACAAAAAACGCCCUAUCAAAAAAAGGUCGACAAGCCUCCCAAUGUGUUGCGCGUCACGGUCAUCCGGGCCAGGGACCUGCCCGCCGUCGACAAGAAGUUGUUUGGGAAGGGGCCGGCGUCGGCCGACCCCUUCCCCUGCAUGAGCGUCGAGGGGAAGAGUGAGAAGGGUAGUGUGAAGAAGAAGAAUCUGACGCCGGUCUGGUUGGAACGUUUUGAGUUACCUUGUGAAGAUCCGGACUCCGUCUUCAGUUUCGAGGUCAUGGACCACGACAACUUCGGGGCCGCGGACUUCAUGGGUUGCUGCCUGGGUGGAAAUCAAGUGCAAGCGCCCUUGUCCGAGAUCGCGAGACGCGACCGCUCGCACUCGGCGAGAAGCGAGGAACGUCUUCAUGAAGAUGGCGUGAACCUGACUCACUCGUUGAUGUCCACGCAGGUUGCGUGAAGGUCAAGCUCGCGACCCUAAAAGACGAGCGCGCCCACCGGAACUGGCACAAACUAGGCAAUACUAGUGGAGAGCAGGACGAGCAUGAAAGGGGCGAAGUAGAGUUGUGUCUGAGGUGGUGCCACGACAAAGCAAGAGCCUACGACCUGCCCAAGGAGUUCAAAACGAGUGAAAAAGCGGGCACGAAGGCCAUGCCCAACGAGCUCCAUGUCUACUUGGUGCGCGCGCGAGAUCUGGAGGCCAUGGACAGUGGUCUGUUGGGGAAAGCGUCGUCGGACCCCAUAGUCGUCUUAGAUGUCAUGGGCACGUCAUUCAAAUCCACACAAAAAAAGAAGGAGCUCAAUCCCGUGUGGUUGGAGAGUUUCUCGUGGGCGGUCGAAGACGACGAAGCUAUACUAGAGGUGGUUGUGGAGGAUUACGACCUGACGGGCAACGACUUCAUGGGGCGCACGAGUGCGAUCUCGGCGUCCCGUCGACUCGUGUCCAUCUCACGAUGCCGGGGGUGGUUUCUUUUUCGAGUUUGAGGCCGUUCGGACCGCGUCGGGGCCGUGCGGCGUGUCGGAGGGUACGCGGUCGCGGCGAUGGCGUGAGGAUGCUGCGACGCCGUCUUCAUGAUCACACGAGAGGGAGCCGUUCGGACCGCUUCCAGUGAAUACGAUGCGCCGCGCAGGCAUACCCCUCAAGACGCUGUCGGACCGCAAGAUCCACCGCCAGUGGCACCGGUUACUUGGUCCCAAGCUCAAGAAGGGCCAGAAGAAGCAGCCGGUGAAGAAGCGGGGGAGGAUCGACUUGGCGGCGCGGUGGGUCCAUAAUCCGAAGCUCGUGGUACCGUUGCCGCCCGAACUCCAAGCGUCGGAGUUGCACUUCGACCGGCCGGCGAACGAGGUACAAAUAUUUUUGGUGCGGGCCGCGGGGUUACCUGUUAUGGACCGGCAUCUCAUGUCCAAAGGCGGGUCGUCGGAUCCCGUCGUCACGUUCUCGUGUUGUGGAGAGAAGGCUACUAGCUCAAUCAAGAAAAAAGAUUUAAAUCCGCAGUGGGCCGAGUACCAUUCCUUGCUCGUGGAAGAGGACGACGCGGAGCUGCUGGUCGUCGUCGAGGAUUAUGAUUUGAUGGGCGCGGGGCGGCGUCCUUUCGUCGCGUCGAUGGCGUGACGCUGGUGUCUCCGAGAGUGCCGUACCGCCCUAUGCCAUCGACGCGUCUCGACGGCGUCGCGUCGACGGCGUCGCGCAGGGAAGUGUCGCCACGCUGGAGAGUCCCGCACCGCCCCGACGCCGUCGCCGCGCGCAGGCAACGACUUCAUGGGCCAGCUGACCAUCGAUAUCAAGUCCCUCGAGGACCGGCGCGUCGACCGCAGGUGGCACGUGUUACGACCGAAGCCCACGCUCGCCAAGAAGAAGGAGGAGGAGAAGAAGCUGGGCAAGUUAGAGUUAGCAAUAAGGUGGAAGCACAACCCGGAGCGCGUCAUCCAGCUCCCCGAGGCGUUCCACCACGACGACCUCCUAGACCAACCCGCGAACUACCUCCAGAUCUGCCUCGUGCGCGCGAGGAAGCUGAAGAUCAUGGACAAGUCGCGACUCACGUCCGGCGGGUCCUCGGACCCCCUAGUUCAUUUUAUGAUAGAUGGCGAGAGCGUCACGAGCACGACAAAAAAAAAGAACUUACGACCAAUUUGGAGAGAGUACUUCGAGCUACCUAUUGAAGAUGAACAACAAACAUUGCACUUGAAAAUGGAGGAUUAUGAAGCACUUAGUGCGAACCAGGUCAUGGGCCGCUGUCACGUGGCCAUGUCUCACUUAAAAGGGAGGGAGACCUUCCGGAAGUGGCUCGAGCUGGUCGAUGAAGAUAAGAAGGACGCGGGCUGGGUCGAGAUCGCGCUGCGGUGGGCUCAUGAUCCACAACGAGUUUUAGACUUACCUGAGGAAUUUACGGAGCCCGAGACCGAGGACUGCUUGUCCAAGGAGGCCAAUGAAUUAUUAGUUUGUUUAUUACGAGGCAAGAACCUGCCCGUGAUGGACAAAAACUUGAUUGGUGGAGGAGGCUCGAGCGACCCGUGCGCGUUCCUGAACUUGGACGGGGAGAAGCGCAAGAGCCGCGUCGUCAAGAAGAGCAUCAACCCCCAGUGGAUGCAGACCUUCCGCUUCCCUUGUGAUGAUGGACUGAACGUGACGCUCCAGUGUGGAAAUCAACCAGUGCGUCGGGUGCACGAUGACGCGACGAACGCGCCGUAAAAUUUGAUGUCCACACAGGUCACGCUCCAGGUCGACGUCGAGGACUACGAUUUGAAGGGGAACGACUUCAUGGGUCCGUUUCUCGGCGUUUUGAAGGUUUGCGGUGCCUUCACUUCGUUGUCAUGGCUCUUUGUCGAGUUUGAGCUGUUUCGGACCUCGCGCUCGAGCUUGGCCCGUGUGUUGACAUGUCGCGUCGAUGGCGUCGGGUGCCGCCCAUACGCCAUCGAUGGCGUGCGAGCUGUACCAUAGCCUACGGAGGGGCAGUGGAUUUGACGGAAAUGCCCCGCGCAGGCCAGUGCGGCGUCUACCUCGGAGACUUGCACGAGGUGGAAGAGAGACGAGUCGAGCGGGUCUGGUACGCCUUGGCUCCCGAGGGCGUGAAGACGGAACGGUACGGGAAGAAGGAAGAAACGGUGAAGAAGCAGCAGCGAGGCUCUAGACGGUCGAAAGGCGGCAAAAAACAGCGCCGAUCGUCGACGAUCGACGAGGACGAAGUCACAGUGAAGAAAGGACCGAAUUUAGGAAGGAUCGAGUUCGCCUUGCGGUGGGUCCACAACCCCGAUCUUGUGGUCACGCUGCCGGACCAAAUUUCGAGGGACGAGGUCCAUCCCGACGAGGAAGCGAACUCGUUGUUGAUAACAUUGGUGCGGUGUCGGAACCUGCCGGUCAUGGAUACUGGAGUGUUUGGUGGGUCGAGCGAUCCGUACUGUGUCAUACGCGUCGGCGACGAGCGGGUCAAAAGUACGGUGCGAAAGAAGGAUUUAAAUCCCGUCUGGGUCGAGUCUUUUGAACUGCCCAAUAGUGAUAAAGAUGCGAAGGUCGUCUUCGAGGUCUUAGAUUACGACGCCUACGGGACCUCGGACCCGAUCGGGCGGUUCGCGUUGCCCUUUUUAGCUUUAGCAGAUAGGAAGCUGAUGCGGCGGUGGUUCGUGCUCAAGGACCAGGUACGCGACCGGUGUCCGUUCGCUUCGUUCGCGUCGAUGGCGUGGAGGGCAGAGGUCGCGUCGAUGGCGUCGCGGCGACCGCUCGCGCUCGACGCCAUCGACGCGACACGUGCUGGGGCCCGGACGCCACCGAGACGCCAUCGACGCGACGACGCGAUGUUAACUCUCGGAAACACGCAGGCGGGCCAGAAGACGGGCGGCAAGUGCGAGGUCGCGCUCAAGUGGCACGUACCCGCGUCUCGCGAUCCCGGCACCCAAACUCGGCCACGACCUCCGAGAGAUACACUCGACGGCGUAGAGCGAGCAGCACCUCACCCAGACCCCGAGAGACCCUGAAUUUUGAUUUCCUCGCAGGCAGCACAACCCCGACUUCGUCCUAGACUUGCCCUUUGACAUGGCCGGUAAUGAUGAUUUGUUAGAUAUGCCCCCGAACCAGCUCCGGAUCUGCUUGAUGCGCGCGCGCGAGCUCCCAGUGAUGGACGUGGCCGAGGGGCUCGCCUCGGGCAGUUCGGACCCCUUUGCGACACUCGUCGUGGAGUCAAUAACCAAGGACGACAUGAAGGACAAGCCUCAGGUGUUGAGGAGUACGACGAAGGUCCAAUCGUUAAGACCGGUCUACCUCGCGGCGUCCGAAUCCACUCAAAAUCGCAACAGAGACCACCCAUCGCCUUCUCUGAUGGACACGAGUCGCGUCGACGCCGCGAGAGAGCCAGAAAACCGCGGCAACACGCGAAACCGCCGCCACACGCAGGUCUGGAUGGAGCGCUUCGACGUCCCCGUCGACGAUGCUGCGGAGAAGGAGCUGACCGUUAGUUUGUACGACGACGACUUUGAUGAUUCAGAACCUGAAUUAAUUGGUAGCGUGAAGAUACCGCUCAAACGUAGUCUACAGAGGAAGAUGCUGCAAGAUUGGCACGAGCUCUACAAUCCCGAAAGGGCGGCGCGAUUGGCCAUGGAGAAUUCUCGACGACGAUCGGAAGAUAGUUUGGAUGGGGAAGACUUAGCUCCCACCGACACCAAAACGGGGGAAGUGGAGGUCUGUCUGCGGUUAGUCUACAACCCCAAAUGUAGGGUACCUUAUUAUGAUCUCACGGAUAAGCAAGAUCUGGAAACCAUCGCGAACAUCUGUUCCGACGCCGUGGAGAACGGCCGGGACGAGCCUUUGAAGCUGUUGGUGGUGCGGUGCGCGACGUGCGACCAUGUGCUGGUGGACGAACAUCGAGGUGUCACGCCGGCGAUGGUGGCUGCUUCUCGCGAUGAAGAUGCUUCGUUGACGUUCAAGUUGUUGCGAAGGUUAAACUGCGAUCUAGACCAGAAAGAUCGAGCGGGCAGAACGGCGGCCCACGUCGCGGCCAAAUGCGGCAACGACCGAGCUCUGAGAAUCCUGGCCGAAUUAGACGCUAAUUUGUGCGCAGAAGAUGCCUACGGCAAGCAGCCCUGCCACUACGCUGCUGAGCAAGGUCAUGAUAGCACUGUGGAGCGAUUAGUGAAGCUUGGAGCCGACCCGGAAGACCAGACCCACAACGGAAGGAGUUGCGCGGCGCUGGCGGCGCAGAACGGCCGGGCGUCGACGGUCAAAUUGCUGCAUGACCUCGGGGCCGAUAUUGAUGAAGUCGGAAGCAUGUUCGGCGGUCGGAGGCCUCUCCAUUUUGCCUGCGCGACGGGCGACGCGGAGACGGUCCGCAUGCUACUGCGGUUGGGGGCCGACGCCGAUGGUACGGAUAAUAUGCAGAACGGCCCGGCGCACUGCGCCGCGCUCGAAGGUCGACGAGAUAUUGUGCAACUACUGGGCGAGUACGACUGCGACCUCGACGCGGUGAAUGAUGACGGGCUGACGCCGGCGCAGUUGCUGGCUCAGUUUGCCGCAAAAGACUCGGGGGGCGUCGUUAAUACAGGUGCGGUGGAGUGGGCGCCGAUGGCCACGGCGGAGCCGGCGCCCAAACCGGCCGAGUAAUGAAUGUAUGU